UUCUUUCAUGCUCCACGUCUCUCUCUCUCUCUAUUUAGGGGAGCACGAGGAACCAGAGCUCCCAUCCAAAUCGUCUGAAAUUUAGGUUUUUUCUCGUCCCAUUUGAUCGCGGAGACACACGAAGCCCGAGGUCUCUGGAUUUUAGAAGACGAGGAACAUUGAUUGAGUGUUGUUAGAUCUUUUGAUUUAAUUGAUUUUUGUAUCACGAUGGUGAUUUCGGAGGUAGCCCUGCAUGUUUUUUCUGGGGCGGUGCCUGGCCCUCGUUGUGAUCUUUUAAACAGCAAUUUACACUUCAGAGUACCAAGAAGAAUCAAUGCUAUUUGUAGAAAGAAGCAGUUUUCUAAUUCAUUCAAUGGAUCAUCGCACAAUCGCAUGUGGAUUUAUGGAAUGCCAUCUGAUGAUCUGUCUUUGCAAUGUCAUUGCCAAAAGGCUGAGGGUGUUGCUGGUGUAACCAGUGAUGGUGGAAAUGGGGCCUGGUUUAAGGAUCCUGGCACCACAGUAAACCAGAUUAUUAGUGACACGAAUGGCCAGAAAAUUCUUGGUGUUGAGGAGCUUCAGCAGUCAAACAAUGGGAAACCAGAUGUGGGUGAUAGUACUAUGUCAGCUUCAGAUGUAGCAGCUAGUCAUGCCGCACGUAAGAAAAAGGGUAGUUCUAUUGAGGAUGAAGCAUGGCGCCUUUUGCGGGAUUCUGUGGUUUAUUAUUGUGGUAGUCCUGUUGGAACCAUUGCUGCGAAUGACCCUGCUGAUUCCAGUGUUUUGAACUAUGAUCAAGUCUUCAUUCGUGACUUCAUACCUUCUGGCAUUGCUUUCCUUUUAAAGGGGGAAUAUGAUAUUGUACGGAACUUCAUUCUUUACACUCUUCAGCUUCAGAGCUGGGAGAAAACAAUGGACUGCCAUAGUCCUGGUCAAGGAUUGAUGCCUGCCAGCUUCAAGGUGCGAACUGUUCCACUUGAUGGAGAUGAAUCAGCAACUGAAGAGGUCUUGGAUCCUGACUUUGGAGAGGCUGCAAUUGGCCGUGUUGCACCAGUUGAUUCAGGAUUGUGGUGGAUUAUACUGUUAAGGGCAUAUGGGAAAUGUUCUGGGGAUCUUUCAGUUCAAGAGCGAAUUGAUGUGCAGACAGGGAUUAAGAUGAUUUUAAGGCUUUGUCUGGCUGAUGGCUUUGAUAUGUUUCCAACAUUACUUGUGACAGAUGGUUCUUGCAUGAUUGAUCGUCGCAUGGGUAUUCAUGGCCACCCUCUGGAAAUCCAAGCAUUGUUUUAUUCUGCUCUUCUAUGUGCACGUGAAAUGCUUGCUCCAGAGGAUGGAUCAGCCGAUCUUAUACGGGCACUGAAUAACAGGUUAAUAGCAUUAUCGUUUCAUAUUAGGGAGUAUUACUGGGUCGACAUGAGAAAAUUGAAUGAGAUCUAUCGAUACAAAACAGAGGAGUAUUCAUAUGAUGCUGUGAACAAGUUCAAUAUCUACCCAGAUCAGAUUUCUCCAUGGCUAGUUGAGUGGAUGCCUAACAAAGGAGGUUAUCUUAUUGGUAAUCUGCAGCCUGCUCACAUGGAUUUCCGUUUUUUUACUCUGGGAAAUCUUUGGUCUGUUGUGAGCAGUUUGGCAACAACAAAUCAAUCUCAUGCUAUUUUGGAUCUCAUAGAGGCUAAGUGGUCUGAUUUAGUGUCAGACAUGCCUUUCAAGAUUUGCUAUCCUGCUCUUGAGGGUCAGGAGUGGAAGAUCAUUACUGGCAGUGAUCCUAAGAACACGCCUUGGUCAUACCACAAUGGAGGUUCUUGGCCAACACUUCUCUGGCAGCUUACGGUUGCUUGUAUAAAGAUGAAUCGCCCAGAGAUUGCUGCAAGAGCUAUUGAUGUUGCUGAGAAGCGGAUAGCAGCAGAUAAAUGGCCGGAAUAUUAUGACACAAAGAAAGCACGGUUCAUCGGUAAACAGGCUCAUCUCUACCAGACAUGGUCCAUUGCAGGUUACCUUGUGGCAAAGCAGUUGCUUGCCAAUCCUGACGCUGCUAACAUUCUAUGGAAUGAGGAGGAUGUGGAGAUCAUCAACGCCUUGAAUCUCAUGGUGGACUCUUCCAACCCACGCAGCAAACGAGGUCGAAAAAUUUUAAAGAAGACCUACAUCGUUUGAAAGAUAUCAUUUAGUUCCCAGUUCAAUGUAAAUAUUCUGAUCAAGACGCUGGUGUAUUUGUUGUUUUACCUGGGGCUGUAUAUUUGUUCGCCUCUUGUUUAGUUAUUUCCAUUUGUUAUAUCUUGGAUAUCUGAACACAAGAAUGUGCUUAAAAUUGAAUUCUUAUAUUGUUACCAUCAUCAAUUAAAGUCAAAGACUUUGUUGA